ACACCUAACUAACGGCUUCUUCUAACCCUUUCACCUAAACACUUCCCUCCUCAAAUUCAGAAACGUUGUCUGUUUCAAUUCAACCACAUUCCCCCAAAUCCAACUCUCUUCCACAAAAAAAUCAAAAUAGCCAUGGCUGCUUCUUCAUCAUCUUCACUGCGAGGGUCGAUUCUCACCUUUAAUGGCUUCCGCCCUUGCGACGCUUCCUCCUCUCGCUCAUACUGUCUGCUUUCUCUCUCCUCUUUUAGCGACAACAAUGCAACAAAAGUCAAUCGAUGUCGUCUGAAGCAGAAGAAACCUAAGGAUGGUGGAAAUGUUUGUCGGGCGAUGGUUCAGCAGACUGUUCAAGGACCUUCUGCUGCUUAUGCUAGAGAUAUGGAGCGCCUUUCGGCUAAGGAAUCGCUCUUACUUGCUCUUAAAGAUGCAGGAAGUUUUGAGGCUUUAUUCACGGGAAAGGUCACAGAGAUACAGCGAAUUGAUGUCAUGGAGAGGAUAAUUGCUCUUGAGCGUCUGAAUCCGACACCUCGACCCACAACGUCCCCCUAUUUAGAUGGUAGAUGGAAUUUUGAGUGGCUUGGGUCUGGGAGUCCAGCUGUUGCUCAAUUCUUUAUGGAGAGAUUUCCCACCACAUUGGCAAACCUCUCAAAAAUGGAUGUAUCGUUAAAGGAUAGUUAUUCAAAGGUCACUGCAAAUUUCAGACUAUUGAACUCGGUAGAAAGCAAAUUUACCUUAUCCUCCAAGUUAACUAUUGAGGGGCCGCUCAGAAUGAAAGAAGAAUAUGUUGAGGGCAUCCUCGAUUCACCUACUAUUGUCGAAGAAUCUGUCCCUGAUCAGCUUAGAGGUCCACUGGGGCAAGCUGUUGGUGCAGUUCAACAACUUCCCGUUCUUAUUAAGGAUGCAAUUUCUAGUGGCAUCAGAAUUCCGUUAAGUGGUAGUAUGCAGAGAAUGUUUAUGAUCUCAUAUCUAGAUGAAGAGAUACUGAUUAUACGGGAUCCUUUUGGAGCACCUGAAAUUUUGACUAGGUUGGAGUCAACCUCUUCUUCAGUGGAUGAACCUGUAUCGGAGUAUGAAAGCUAGACUUUAUUUUGUCUUGUCCUGCCAACUGCCAUAUGCUAUUCAUUGCUCAUAAUUUAAGCAGAACAUGAUAUCCCCACUCUCUCGUUUCCCUUUCCUUUGUCUUAAAAAUCAGGCAGAAGUUAGAAAAAUAUUCAUCAUACCAAACUUAUCAUCACUUAGUUUAAUUCAACUGAUUAGAGUUCUGUAUAUAACACGUUUAUGCCAGAAACAGUUGCAUUUUUAGCAUUCAUGCAACUGAAUUUUCAUCAUUAGCCUUUCUUGGCAAGCCUAUGUUCUGGUCAAUUUUUUAUUCAGUCUCGACUCUCUGCUCUCGA